AAACAGUAACGGUAAGAAAGCAAAAAGAGCCGAAUCAAGAAACUUUGAGAAAAACCUGCACAGCUUCAAAAACGCUCAUCGCAGAGGGAACCAAAGAUGAACAGACUAUGUGUGCGCUUUUCCGAUCUAUCUCUAAGUUUCCUCCGAGGAGGUAGGAGUGCCGCAAGGGCAAGAUUAUUUCAAACACAUGCUCUUCCUUCACCUUCACCAAUGAUCGAAGGAUUUUAUAAGAGACCUCUUCCCUCGCCUGCUGUUGAUUUUGUUUCCGACCAUGGCAAGCAACUUUUUGCUGAAAGCCUUGGAAGCGGAACAAUGGAAUGUUUUUUUAAGUUGAUACCUUAUUUCCAAACCCAAUCGGAACUAACAUAUUGUGGCCUUGCGAGUCUCGCCAUGAUCCUCAACGCUCUUGCCAUUGAUCCUGGAAGAAAAUGGAAAGGAGGACCUUGGAGAUGGUUUGAUGAAUCUAUGUUGGAUUUGGACUAUACUGAACCUUUAGAAAUUGUUAAAACUAGAGGCAUUGCAUUUAUGAAACUUGCAAACUUGGCUCAAUGUGCUGGAGCCAAAGUUGAUGCCUUUUAUGCUACUCAAAGCAACAUCGAUGAUUUUCGUAAAUGCGUUAUCAAGUGUUCAAGUUCAUGUAACUGUCAUUUGAUCUUAUCAUACCAUAGAGCUGCUCUCAAACAAACGGGAUCCGGUCAUUUUUCUCCUAUUGGAGGCUAUCAUGUUGGAAAGGACAUGAUAUUAAUUUUAGAUGUUGCGCGUUUUAAAUAUCCUCCUCACUGGAUUCCACUUGUAGAUCUAUGGGAAGGCAUGAAUUAUGUUCUUAAAUCUACUGGAAAAUCAAGGGGAUUCAUGCUUAUAUCAAGACCGCAUGCGGGAACAGUUGAAGGAAAUACAUGACUUGGUUUCACCUGCAUAUAUCAAGGACAUUUACAUAAAUGACAAGAGGAAGGUAGAUGAGGAUCUUGAUA